GAGUACGAUCAGCUCAUUGUAAAACUAGAGAUGGAUUCCCUGGGCGCGGAUAAUAACAAAAAGAACAAGACCAAAAGCGAAGACUUUUCAUCCGUUAUUUAUGCAGCAUUCCAUGGACUACCUAACAAGCCUAGCAAGACAGGCCGACGAACGUCUGCCCCAUCCACAACCUUCAAUAGUUCAGAGAUCAUCCUGACAGAAAAAUCUCGAUCUAUAACACCUACGCCAUCCACGAGCGGCUAUAAUCACCACGGAGGGGGUGACAGCACAACUGCAACACCGCGGAACGGGACAAGGCCGCAUUGACUCCUUGCCCUCCCCACUUUCGAGCGGGGAGGAUUGGAUCGCGAAAAUAAGGACUCGCAAAACAAUAUGACACCGCCCUGUGCAUUAGUAGUUGGAGAGGAUGGGCGGCCGGCGCUUGUACUAAAUACUACCAAG